AGAUGAGAGUGAAGAAGAACCUAAGCUGAAGUAUGAACGGCUUUCUAAUGGAGUGACUGAAAUUCUCCAGAAGGAUGCAGCCAGCUGCAUGACGGUGCAUGAAAAGUUUUUGGCACUGGGAACACAUUAUGGCAAAGUUUAUUUACUUGAUGUCCAGGGGAACAUCACGCAGAAGUUUGAUGUUAGCCCAGUGAAGAUAAAUCAGAUCAGCCUGGAUGAAAGCGGAGAACACAUGGGUGUUUGCUCAGAAGAUGGCAAGGUGCAGGUGUUUGGAUUGUAUUCAGCGGAGGAGUUUCAUGAAACCUUUGACUGUCCUAUUAAAAUUGUUGCUGUUCAUCCUCAUUUCGUAAGAUCCCACUUCAAGCAAUUUGUAACAGGAGGGAAAAAGUUGCUGUUAUAUGAGAGAGGCUGGAUGAAUAGAUGGAAGCCUUCAGUUUUACACGAAGGGGAAGGAAAUAUAAGAAAUGUAAAAUGGAGAGGACACUUAAUUGCUUGGGCCAAUAAUAUGGGCGUGAAGAUACUUGACAUGAUCUCCAAGCAAAGAAUUACCAACGUGCCUCGAGAUGACAUAAGCCUUCGCCCAGAUAUGUAUCCCUGUAGCCUUUGCUGGAAGGAUAAUUUAACGCUGAUUAUUGGCUGGGGAAAUUCAGUAAAGAUUUGCUCAGUAAAAGAACGGCAUGCCAGUGAAAUGCGUGACCUUCCAAACCGCUACGUGGAAAUAGUUUUCCAGUUCGACACCGAAUUCUAUAUCAGUGGACUUGCGCCUCUCUGUGACCAGCUUGUGGUGCUUUCAUAUGUAAAGGAAAUUUCUGAAAAAAUGGAAAUGGAGUGUUGUGCAAGGCCCAGACUGGAUAUUGUACAACCCCUACCCGAGUCCUGUGAAGAGAUCUCUUCUGAUGCACUAACAGUACGAGGAUUUCAGGAAAAUGAAUGUAGAGAUUACCAUUUAGAGUAUUCGGAAGGUGAAUCGCUUUUUUAUAUCAUCAGCCCAAGAGAUGUGGUUGUGGCUAAAGAGCGGGACCAAGAUGACCACAUUGACUGGCUUCUUGAAAAGAAGAAAUACGAAGAAGCUUUGAUGGCUGCUGAGAUCAGUCAGAAAACUAUAAAAAAGCACAAGAUUCUGGACAUUGGUUUAGCCUAUAUAAAUCACCUAGUGGAGAAAGGAGAGUAUGACCUGGCUGCUCGAAAGUGCCAGAAAAUUCUUGGCAAAAACACAGAACUCUGGGAAUUUGAAGUUUACAAGUUUAAAGAAAUAGGUCAGCUUAAGGCAAUUAGUCGUUACUUGCCCAGACGGGAUCCAGUUUUGAAACCUCUGAUCUACGAAAUGGUCCUGCAUGAGUUUUUGGAGAGUGACUACGAGGGAUUUGCAACCCUGAUAAAAGAGUGGCCUGGAGAUCUCUACAACAACACAAUCAUAGUUCAAGCUGUAGUGGAUCACCUGAAGAAAGAUCCACAGAACAGGACUUUGCUACGAACACUUGCAGAAUUGUAUACUUAUGACCAGCGCUAUGGCAGAGCCCUAGAAAUUUACCUAACUCUGAGGCAUAAAGACGUCUUCCAGUUGAUCCACAAGCACAAUCUUUUCAGUUCUAUCAGAGACAAAAUUGUUCUGCUCAUGGAUUUUGAUUCAGAGAAAGCAGUAGACAUGCUUCUGGAUAACGAAGAUAAAAUUUCCAUUGACAGAGUUGUUGAAGAAUUAGAAAACAGGCCUGAGCUACAGCAUGUGGUAAAUAUUUCUAUAUUCU